GCGUUCCCUCGCAGCGCUCCGGGUCCGGCCCUGCGGGGCGGAACGGGAACGGCCCGGCGCGGUAUGGCCCGGCCCGCGGCCGCCUGAAGCAUGGAGCGGCGGGCGCUGUGCGCGGGGCUCUACUGGCUGCUGCUGCCGCUCGCCCUGCUCGCCGCCUGCCUGUUCCGCUUCAACGCCCUCUCCCUGGUGUACCUGCUGUACCUCCUGCUGCUGCCGUGGUUCCCGGGACCGGCUGACGUCUCAGGUCACGCCGGCCGCCUCCUCAAAGCUCUGUUGGGGACCAGCCUCCUCUUCCUCCUCGCCCACUUCGUUUUCCAGAUAUGCCUGUACACGCUGCCUGCCCUGGACCAGCUGCUGGGGCCCAGCUGCAGCAGCUGGGAGGUCCUCGCCCGGCACAUCGGGGUCACCAGGCUGGACUUGGGUGACCUCCCCAACUCAGUGCGCCUGGUGGCCCCUGAUGUCGGCAUCCUGCUGGUCUCAUCCCUCUGCCUGUGUCUGUGCCACCGCCUCGUCCCCAAGGGCAGCGCUGCCGCCCGCAGACCGGAGUCCCAGCAGCCCCCUGAGCAGGGGGAAGAGCAGGACGUGGAGCGGCGCGGUGGCACGGCCGGCGGGGACGCACCGCUCAGCGCCAGGCUGCGGGUGACGGCACACUGGGUGCUGUGGGCGGCCGGGAAGGGGUUGGCCAUCCUGCUGCUGGCCUUGGCCGGGAUCACCCUGCCCUCCGCCUCCUCCAGCGUCUACUACGUGCUGUUCGUGGGGCUGUGCACCUGGUGGGCAUGCCACCUCCCCUCCAGCCGCGCUGCCUUCGAUGCCCUCUGCGUCCUCGUCGGCCUCUACGCUGCUGCCCACCUCCUGUGCCUCUAUGCCUAUCAAGCACCCUUCGUGCAGGGGGUCUUCCCGCCCCCCACCAUCUGGGCACGGGUGUUUGGCUUCAAGGACAUCAUCCUAUACAGCAACUGCUCCCGACCCAACGCCCUCCAGCUCAACACCGACCACCCCUGGCCCGUCUACGCCAACCCUGGCAUCCUGCUGCUGCUCUACUACACCGUGGCCACGCUGCUGAAGCUGCGCCGCCUGGAUGCCAGGAGAGCAGCAGUGCCAGCACAGUCCCCAACGCGGGAUCUGGUGGAGCUGGAGAGCUGGCCCAAGGACAGCGAUGGCGUGGCUGAAGACACCAAGCCCAUGCUGUCCUCCAGCGCUGGGAAGCGGAGCACGGAGAACUGCACCGUCCACGUCAUGGGUGAUGCCACGCCACUGGGCAGGGACCGUCCGGCGGAGCGGCUGCCCCUGCAGGCACUGUGGCACGUCAUCAUGAACCAGAGCUACGUCUGCGCCCUCAUUGCCAUGAUGGUGUGGAGCAUCACCUACCACAGCUGGCUGACCUUCGUGCUGCUGCUCUGGUCCUGCCUCAUCUGGAUCGUGCGCAGCCGGCACCACUUCGCCAUGCUCUGCUCACCCUUCCUGCUGCUUUAUGGCAUUGCUCUCUGCAGCCUGCAGUACGUCUGGGGCAUGGACCUGGGCCCCGAGCUGCCCACCCGUGUCGGCCUUAUGAGCCUGGAGCAGCUGGGGCUGGUGCGCCCCAAGUACCCCUGCCUGGACCUGGGGGCCAAGCUCCUGCUCACCCUCACCUUCUGGCUGCUGGUACGGCAGUUCAUUAAGGAGAAGCUGCUAACGAGGACGUGCCCAGCCACCCCGCUGCUGGAGGUGACCGUUUCGGAUACAGAACCUGGCCAACAGCGGGAUGUGCUGAAGGCACUGGGGGCUCUGGUGAGGGAUUUCUAUGCCAAGUAUUGGAUCUGUGUGUGCGCCGGUAUGUUCAUCGUGGUCAGCUUCGCCGGGCGCCUCGUGGUCUACAAGAUCGUCUACAUGUUCCUCUUCCUCCUCUGCCUCACCCUCUUCCAGGUGUACUACACCCUAUGGCGCAAAGUGCUGAAGGGCUUCUGGUGGCUGGUGGUGGCCUACACCAUGCUGGUGCUCAUCGCCGUCUACACCUUCCAGUUCGAGGACUUCCCCAUGUACUGGAGGAACCUGACGGGUCUCACCAACGAGCAGCUGGGUGACCUGGGUCUGGAGCAGUUCAGUGUCUCCGAGCUCUUCUCCAGCACCCUCAUCCCGGGCUUCUUUCUGCUGGCCUGCAUCCUUCAGCUUCACUACUUCCACCGCCCCUUCAUGCACAUCACUGACCUGGAGCACAUCCCUGCCUCCGAGCCGCAGCCCUGCCACAUCCCCCGGCCCGAGGAGCUGCAUGGCAGCCGGCUGCUGCGAGAUGCAGUUGUUGCUGAGAGUGCCAGGACUGAGGGGGGAGAGUCUGACACUGCCUCACAGGCACCCAGCAAGUGGGGGCUGGUGCUGGAGCGCCUCAUCGUGCUGGGCUGGACCUUCUCGGACACGCUGACCCGCGGGCAGGUCUUCGUGGGGCGCCUGCUGGAGCUGCAUAUCCUCAAGCUGGUGGCCCUCUACACCGUCUGGGUGGCCCUGCAGGAGGUAUCGCUGAUGAAUUUCUUGCUGGUGCUGCUGUGGGCUUUCGCCAUGCCUUACUGCCGCUUCCGCCACAUGGCCUCGUGCCUCUCCACCGUCUGGACCUGCAUCAUCAUCGUCUGCAAGAUGCUCUACCAGCUCAAGAUCGUCGACCCCAGCGAGUACUCCAGCAACUGCACCCAGCCCCUGCUCAACGGCACCAACCUGAGCCCGGAGGAGAUGGGCAACUCCACGCUGUACCGCGGCCCCGUGGACCCCGCCAACUGGUUCGGCAUCCGCAAGGGCUUCCCCAACCUGGGCUACAUCCAGAACCACCUCCUGGUGCUGCUGCUGCUGGUGCUGGAGGCGGUGGUGUAUCGGCGCCAGGAGUAUUACCGUAAGCAGCACCAGCUGGUGGUCCCCAUCACUGAGACCAUCUUUGAGGACGUGUCCCGUGAGCAGCUGGACCACGGCUUGGUCACCUGUGCCAAGUACUUCCUCAACUACUUCUACUACAAAUUUGGCUUGGAGAUCUGCUUCCUGAUGACGGUGAACGUGAUCGGGCAGAGGAUGAACUUCAUGGUGAUCCUGCACGGCUGCUGGCUGGUCGUCAUCCUGACACGGCGCCGGCGGGCGGCCAUCGCACGCCUUUGGCCCAAGUAUUGCCUCUUCCUCGUGGUCUUCCUCCUCUACCAGUACCUGCUGUGUGUCGGCAUGCCGCCUGCUCUCUGCAUGGAUUACCCGUGGCGCUGGAGCCAGUCCCUCCCCAUGAACUCGGCGCUCAUCAAGUGGCUCUACCUGCCUGAUUUCUUCGUGGCCCCCAAAUCCACCAACCUCAUCAAUGACUUCGUGCUGCUGCUGUGCGCGGCGCAGCAGUGGAGGGUGUUUGUGGCCGAGCGCACCGAGGAGUGGCUGCGGGCUGCGGGUGACAAUGCAGACCGGCCGGACCUGGAGCGAGAGCCACACAACCCCACCCCCAACUUCAUCCACUGCCGGUCCUACCUGGACAUGGCGAAGGUGGUGGUCUUCCGUUACCUCUUCUGGUUUGUCCUGGUGGUGGUCUUCAUCACCGGGGCCACCCGCAUCAGCCUCUUCGGCCUCGGCUACCUGCUCGCCUGCUUCUACCUCCUGCUCUUCGGCACUGCCAUGCUGCGCAAGCCAGCACGGGCACGCCUCGUGCUCUGGGACUGCCUCAUCCUCUACAACAUCACUGUCAUCAUCUCCAAAAACAUGCUGUCGCUCCUCUCCUGCGUCUUCGUGCAGCAGAUGCAGAGCAACUUCUGCUGGGUGAUCCAACUCUUCAGCCUGGUCUGCACCGUCAAGGGCUACUACGACCCCAAGGAGAUGGGCAAGGACCAGGACUGCUCGCUGCCGGUGGAGGAGGCUGGCAUCAUCUGGGACAGCAUCUGCUUCUUCUUCCUCCUGCUCCAGCGCCGCGUCUUCCUCAGCUACUACUUCUUGCACGUCAUGCUGGACCUCCAAGCUUCUGCCCUGCAGGCUUCCAGGGGUGUCGCACUGUUCAGAGCCAGCCUCAUGAAGAGCAUGCGCUCCCACCGGCAGGCUGAGAAGAAGUCGCUGGCUCAGCUCAAAAGGCAGAUGGAACGGAUCCGUGCCAAGCAGGAGAAGUACCACCAGGAGCGGCUGCCGGGUGGUGAGGGGCAGGAUGGGGCCAGGGCAGCGCCCAGCAGCCCUGCGGACCCUGCCCGGCAGAGGGAGCGGUGGUGGCGGCCAUGGUUAGACCACGCCGCAGUGCUGCAUUCCGGGGAAUACUUCCUCUUUGAGUCAGACAGUGAGGAAGAGGAGGAGGCAGCAGUGCCCGAGGAGCCGCGGCCAGGCAGGCAGAGUGCCUUCCAGCUUGCCUAUCAGGCCUGGAUGACCAACACCAGGACAGCGCUGAGGCAGCAGGAGCGCGAGCAGCAGGAGGCUCUGGGCGAUGAGCUCACUGCAGGGGACAGCAGAGCGAGGGAGGAGGCAUUAGAGGCGCCCGAAGAGGCUGAUGGCCAGGAGGAGGAAGAGGAGGAGGAGGAAGGAUCUGCAGAGCGGGGCAAUGUGCUGCAGCGGGCGCUGAACACCCUGCGCUUCCUGUGGGUGCUGUGCCAGGCCAUGGUGGAUGGUCUCACCCAGUGGCUGGAUGCCUGCACGCAGGAGCACACCGACAUGUCCACCGUGCUGCGGCUCGAGAGAUACGUCCUGACGCAGCGCCUGGCCAAGGGUGAGGAUGUGCACCGCGGGGUGCUGGAUGAGCUCUACCUGCUGCCACCCGAGGAGCCCCAAGAGGAGCCACAAAAUGGCAUCGCUUCCAGUGGGUGCAAUGGAGCUGAGUGUGAACAAAGGGCUGAGCCCCCCGCAGCAGAGUACCCUCUGCAGAGAGGCAGCCAGGAGCAGGUGGCAAGCUGGGGGUCACGGGAGGACGUGGCGGGGUCUCGGGAGCUGCUGGCCCUGCCACAGAACCGGAGCCGGACAGCCAGCGAGCUGCUGGUGAGCAGGAGGCUGUACUUUGCCGAGCUGGAGGAGUCGGAGAAGUUCUACCAGUCCCACAACCGCUUUCUGAAGCUGCUGCUGGCCGUCUACCACUGCGUGGCCGCCCACUCCGAGCUGCUCUGCUACUUCAUCAUCAUCCUCAACAACAUGGUGACCGCCUCCGUCAUCUCCCUCUUCCUGCCCAUCCUUGUCUUCCUCUGGGCCAUGCUCUCCAUCCCCCGGCCCAGCAAACGCUUCUGGAUGACUGCCAUCGUCUUCACUGAGGUGAUGGUGGUGGUGAAAUACCUCUUCCAGUUUGGUUUCUUCCCUUGGAACGGCUACGCCAUGCUGGUGCGUAAUGAGGGCAAGCCCUUUUUCCCACCCCGCAUCCUGGGGCUGGAGAAGACCGACCGCUACAUCAAAUACGACCUUAUUCAGCUCCUGGCACUCUUCUUCCACCGCUCGCUGCUGCUGUGCUAUGGGCUGUGGGACCACGAGGAGGAUCCCUUUGCCAAGAAGAAGCCAGAGGUGGAGCAGGCAGAGGAUGAGGAGGAGGAGGAGGAGCGGCAGGAGGAAGCGGGGUCCCCAGCGGUGCCAGCAGAGCCAGGAGCUCUGGGUGCAGCUGUGGGGUCAGAGCCGGAGGGCGAUGCCCGGGGGCAGAAGGAGGGGAGUGGGGAUGGAGCAACACAUCUCCGCUUCAGGAGGAAGAGGAGGCGAGGCAAGGAGCCAGCAGCAGUGGUGGAGGAAGAGGAUGGGGAGGAGGAGGAGGAGGGAGAGGAAGAGGAAGAGGUGGAAGAGGAGGAGGCAAAACAGAGCCACUCUCAGAAGAAGCUGAAGGCGUUUGGUCUCCGGGUCAAGCUCUUCUUCCUCACCAUGGCACAAAACAUGUACCAGCCCGUGCGUGGGUUCUUCCACGACAUCCUGCACACCCAGUACCGGGCAGCCACCGACGUCUAUGCCUUCAUGUUCCUGGCUGAUGUGGUCGACUUCAUCAUCAUCAUCUUUGGUUUCUGGGCCUUCGGGAAACACUCAGCGGCCGCCGACAUCACCUCCUCCCUGUCGGAUGACCAAGUCCCAGAGGCCUUCCUGGUCAUGCUGCUCAUCCAGUUCACCACCAUGGUGAUCGACCGCGCGCUCUACCUCCGUAAGACCGUACUGGGCAAGCUCAUCUUCCAGGUCAUCCUGGUCUUCAGCAUCCAUCUCUGGAUGUUCUUCAUCCUGCCAGCCGUCACUGAAAGGUUGUUCAGCCUCAACACAGUGGCCCAGCUGUGGUACUUCGUCAAGUGCAUCUACUUCUCGCUGUCAGCCUACCAGAUCCGCUGUGGCUACCCCACCCGCAUCCUGGGCAACUUCCUCACCAAGAAAUACAACCACCUCAACCUCUUCCUCUUCCAGGGGUUCCGCCUCGUGCCCUUCCUGGUGGAGCUGCGUGCCGUCAUGGAUUGGGUCUGGACCGACACCACGCUGUCGCUGUCCAACUGGAUGUGUGUGGAAGACAUCUACGCCAACAUCUUCAUCAUCAAGUGCAGCCGUGAGACAGAGAAGAAAUACCCGCAGCCCAAAGGGCAGAAGAAGAAGAAGAUCGUCAAGUACGGCAUGGGUGGCCUCAUCAUCCUCUUCCUGGUGGCCAUCAUCUGGUUCCCACUGCUCUUCAUGUCGCUGGUGCGCUCGGUGGUGGGCGUCGUCAACCACCCCAUCGACGUCACCGUCACCCUCAAGCUGGGGGGGUACGAGCCUCUGUUCACCAUGAGUGCCCAGCAGCAGUCCAUCCAACCCUUCACGCCGCAGGACUACGAAGCGCUGACCAACGAAUUCGAGAGGCAGCCGGUGGCCAUGCAGUUCAUCACGCUGUACGGCUAUGAGGACAUCGUCACAGCGCGCAUUGAGGGCAGCUCGGGCUCCCUGUGGAGCAUCAGCCCUCCCAGCCGCGAGCAGAUGCGGCGAGAGCUGCAGAAUGGCUCCUCUGACAUCACCCUGCGCCUCACCUGGACCUUCCAGAGGGACCUGGGGAAGGGCGGCACGGUGGAGCACACCUUCGACAAGCACACCACCGACCUGCAGCCCGGAGCACCCGAGCGCAUGGAGCUGGCCCAGUUACUGCAGGGCACCCGUGAUGCCCCCGUGCAAGUGCCCAAACUCUUCCCCAAAUACAUCCGGGCACCCAACGGCCCCGAAGCCAACCCGGUCAAGCAGCUGCUGCCAGAUGGAGAGGACAGCUACCUGGAUGUCGAGGUGCAGCUGAAACGGGAGCGCUCAGGCUCGGGGCAGGGCAGUGACAGCUUCCUGGAGUGGUGGGUGGUGCGGCUGAAGGAUGCUCCGGCACGCGACGGCAACAUCCUGCCCAUGGUCAUCUUCAAUGACAAAGUCAGCCCCCCCAGCCUGGGCUUUUUGGCUGGCUAUGGGAUCAUGGGGCUGUAUGUCUCCAUCGUGCUGGUGAUUGGCAAGUUCGUGCGAGGCUUCUUCAGCGAGAUCUCGCAUUCCAUCAUGUUUGAGGAGCUGCCCUGCGUGGACCGCAUCCUGAAGCUGUGCCAGGACAUCUUCCUGGUGCGGGAGACGGGAGAGCUGGAGCUGGAGGAGGAGCUCUACGCCAAGCUCAUCUUCCUCUACCGCUCACCCGAGACCAUGAUCAAGUGGACGAGGGAGAAGGAGUAAGGGGAAGGGACUCCAGCCCCUCCCACGGGGACAUCACCGCCAAUGCCUUAAGCAGCCCUGCGGGGUCGCAUCCUGCUGGGGGCACGGGACGGUGCUUUUAGAAGGAGGAUCUCAUCCUCACCUUGCUUUGAAGCCGUCCAACCGUCAGAGACCACGUUGUGCCUUCUCUGGGGGGCUGGCCAGCUGCGGGGGGUGGCAGGAGCUGAUGCCACGUCCCCCUGGCUGCUGGGGUUGGGCACGAGCCAGCAUCCCCCUGCACCCCUCAGCCCCCCUCCACAACCAGGUUGAACUCUAAAGCAAUACCCCCACAGCCCCAGAACGGGGGGGGCACGGUGCUGUGACC